GAAGGCGGCGGCCCGCGGUUCGGCCGCCGCGCACCGGAAGCGCCGCCGCUCGGCCGGAGAGCGGAACCCGCGCGCGGCGGGGCCCGGGCGGGCCCGGGCGGCGCGGGACGGACCGGAAGCGGUCCCGCUAGGUUUCUGCGCCGGCCGCGCCGGGACGCGCGGGCUCUGCAGGCCGCGGGCCUUCCGUGCGGCGCCCGCGCAGCGCCGAGGGACCCCGGGACGGCGGGCGGCGGCGUCCCUCAGCCGGACGCUUAUUGUGAAGAUAAGGGGGAGCUCCCUAGCUAAACAGACCGUUUGAGGAAGAGGACUACUCUUCUACACAUAGAGUUUAUUACCUUCCAAUAAUUGGAUCAGAACAUGAAUCCAGCUAAUCCUUUCGGUGGGCAGCAGCCUAGUGUUUUCCCAGCAUCUUCCGGUAGUUCCAUAGGAGCAUUUCAAGCUAAGCCACCAUUUCGGUUUGGUCAGCCCUCCCUUUUUGGACAGAACAGUACAUUAUCUGGGAAAAGCUCAGGAUUUUCACAAGUGCCCAGCUUUCCAGCAUCUUCUGGACAAAGUCAUUCUUCUUCAGUGCAAACGUUAGGAUUCUCCCAAACCUCAAACGUUGGACUCUUUUCUGGAGUUGAACAUGCUCCGGCCUUUGUAGCUACCUCUGGGCCUUCAAAUUCAUGUGUGCCUGGAAACCCCGGAUUUAGUUUUAAAUCACCCAACCUUGGGGCAUUCCCAAGUACUUCUACUUUUGGACCAGAAACUGUAGAAAUAGCAAGCUCUGGUUUUGGGAAAACAGAAUUUAGCUUUAAACCUCUGGAAGAUUCAAUGUUCAGACCCAUAUCGGCGGCUGAAUCGGAGCCAGAGAAAACUCAGAGCCAGAUUACUUCUGGAUUUUUUACCUUUUCCCACCCAAUCAGUAGUGGACCUGGGGGACCAGCCCCAUUUUCUUUUUCUCAGGUGACAAGUAGUUCAGCCACAAAUUCAAAAUUUACCUUUUCAAAACCAGGUAAUAAUAAUUCAUCAUCAUCUGCCUUUACCCCUGCUAUGUCAAAUCAAAAUGUAGAAGAAGAGAAGAGAGGCCCAAAAUCACUAUUUGGAAGUUCUAAUAGUAGCUUUACUAGCUUCCCCAUAUCUUCUUCAGGGUCCUUGGGUGAACCCUUCCCAGUUAGCAAAACAAGUGUCAGACAAGGAUGCGAAGAAACCGUUUCCCAAAUGGAGCCACUUCCCAGCCUCAUGAAAGGACUGAAAAGGAAGGAGGACCAGGACCGGUCCCCGAGGAGGCAUGGUCACGAUGCAACGGAAGAUUUGGACCCUCUGUCAAGGAGCGACCAUCCUCCUGAUAAACGACCCGUCCGCUUGAAUCGACCCCGCGGGGGCACUUUGUUUGGUCGGACAAUACAGGAUGUCUUCAAAAGCAAUAAAGAAGUAGGUCGGCUGGGCAACAAAGAAUCUAAAAAGGAAAUUGGCUGUGCUGAGUCUGGGGAAAAUGACCACUUGGCCAUCCCAGGAGGCAGUCAGUCUGUCCUGGCACCUUCCCGGCUUCCAGGUGUGAAUAAAGAGGAAGAAACUGAAAGUAGAGAUAAAAAAGAAGAUUCUCUAAGAGGAACUCCUGGCCGUCAGAGUAAGAGAAGUGAGAGCACAGACAGUCUUGGGGGCUUGUCUCCUGCUGAAGUCACAGCAAUCCAGUGCAAGAACAUCCCUGACUACCUCAAUGACAGAAGCACUCUGGAGAAGCACUUUGGCAAGAUUGCUAAAGUGCAGCGCAUCUACAUCAGGCGCAGCAAAAAGCUUGCAGUGGUGUCUUUUUUUGAUCAUGCAUCUGCAGCCCUGGCUAGGAAGAAGGGGAAAGGUUUGCAUAAAGAUAUGGCCAUCUUCUGGCACAAGAAAAAAAUAAGUCCCAACAAGAAACCCUUUUCCCUCAAGGAGAAGCAGCCCAGUGAAGGUGAAGCUGGCCCAGGCUCUGAGGACACACCCUUUCAGCACUCCCCUCUUGGCAAGCCUGUGACCAGGGCUGCGACUGGCAGCCUCCUGAGUAAAAGCUCUCCAGUGAAGAAGCCGAGUCUCCUGAAGCCCCCUCAGUUUGAGGGAGACCCUUUUGAUGAGAGUUCCGAGGUCUCCGAGGGGCUCGGGCCUUGUGUGUCGUCCCUCAGUGCCCUGGUAGGUACCGUGGCUGAGACGUCUGAGGAGAAGUACCGCCUGCUUGACCAGAGGGACAGAGUCAUGCGGCAAGCGCGUGUGAAGAGGACCGACCUGGACAAAGCGCGGACUUUUGUUGGGACGUGCCCAGAUAUGUGUCCUGAGAAGGAGCGUUACAUGCGGGAGACCCGGAGCCAGCUGAGUGUGUUCGAGGUGGUCCCAGGCACCGACCAGGUGGACCACGCGGCAGCCGUGAAGGAGUACAGCCGGUCCUCAGCUGACCAGGAGGAGCCCCUGCCUCAUGAGCUGCGUCCCUCGGCGGUGCUCAGCAGGACCAUGGACUACCUAGUGACCCAGAUCAUGGACCAGAAGGAGGGCAGUCUGCGGGACUGGUAUGACUUCGUGUGGAACCGCACGCGGGGCAUACGGAAGGACAUCACGCAGCAGCAUCUGUGUGACCCAGUGACGGUGUCUCUGAUUGAGAAGUGCACCCGCUUUCACAUCCACUGUGCUCACUUCAUGUGUGAAGAGCCCAUGUCCUCCUUUGAUGCCAAGAUCAACAAUGAGAACAUGACCAAGUGCCUUCAGAGUCUGAAGGAAAUGUACCAGGACCUGAGAAACAAGGGUGUGUUCUGUGCCAGCGAAGCGGAGUUCCAGGGCUACAAUGUCCUGCUCAAUCUCAACAAGGGGGACAUCCUGAGAGAAGUGCAGCAGUUCCAUCCUGCUGUUAGAAACUCCUCUGAGGUGAAAUUUGCUGUUCAGGCUUUUGCCGCGUUGAACAGUAAUAAUUUUGUGCGAUUUUUCAAACUGGUCCAAUCAGCUUCUUACCUGAAUGCUUGCCUUCUACAUUGUUACUUUAAUCAGAUCCGCAAGGACGCGCUCCGAGCCCUCAAUGUGGCGUACACCGCGAGCACACAGCGCUCCACUGUCUUUCCCCUGGAUGGCGUGGUGCGCAUGCUGCUGUUCAGAGACGGCGAGGAGGCCACAGACUUCCUCAACUGCCAUGGCCUCACUGUCUCCGACGGCUGUGUCGAGCUGAACCGGUCCUCGUUCCUGGAACCAGAGGGCUUAUCCAAGGCCAGGAAGUCGGUGUUUAUUACCAGGAAGCUGACGGUGUCGGUUGGAGAGAUUGUGAAUGGAGGGCCGUUGCCACCCGUCCCCCGUCACAUCCCCGUGUGCAGCUUCAACUCUCAGAACAAGUACGUCGGGGACAGCCUGGCUGCGGAGCUGCCCACGGGCACUCAGAGACCCGACUUGGACGUGGCGGGUGUGAGGAGAGAGGAAGAGUGCAGUGCGGGGGCGGACGAGCCCCCAUCGGCUCUCCUCUUGCAGCCCCUGCCCACCCCCGUGCCAGCUUCUUCUCCGCACCUCCCGGCACUGCCCCUGAGCGUGGCGCCCAGCCUUUUCCAGCCCCCCGUGCAGCCCCCCGUGCAGCCGGAGCUCCUUGCCCCAAAGCCCGUGCCUGUGUACUCGGACGAGGACCUGGCGCAGGUGGUGGAUGAGCUCAUCCAGGAGGUUCUUCAGAGGGACUGUGAGGAAGUCGGCGCUGCCGGGGCAGCCUUCGCAGCCACCGCCCUGGGUGUUUCCAAUAUUGCCAUGGAGGAGCUGUUAACAGCUGCAACGAUGGGCAUUUUGAGGCACAUUGCAACUGAAGAAGUGACUAAGGAAAGGGAGCGAAAGGAGGAAGAGAGGCGGCGGGCUGAAGAGGAGAGGUUAAAACAAGAGAGAGAACUGGUGUUAACUCAGCUGGGCCAGGAGCUGGCCUCAGAGCUGACAGAACUCGUGCUGACAGAAUGUGUGAGGGAAACCUGCUCCCAGGAGUUGAAGAGUGCAGAGGAGACAGAGCAGAGGGCCCGCAUGGCCCGUUGCUGUGAGGACGUCUGUGCCCACCUGACGGACUUGUUUCUCGGGGAGGAAAUUUUCCAGACUGCAAAAGAGACCCUCCAGGAACUUCAGUGCUUCUGCAAAUAUCUCCAGCGCCUGUCCUCUAGGUGGAGGGAAGCUGUCGCAGCCCGGAAGAAACUGAGGCGCCAGAUGCGGGCCUUCCCUGCGGCGCCCUGCUGUGUGGACGUGAACGACCGGCUGAGGGCGCUGGCACCCAGCGCAGAGUGCCCCAUUACAGAGGAGAACCUGGCCAAGGGCCUCCUGGAUCUGGGCCAUGCGGGGAGAGUGGGCAUCUCCUGCACCAGGUUAAGGUGGCUCAGAAACAAGGCGGUGCACCAGAUGAAGGUUCAGCACUUCCACCAGCAGCUGCUGAGUGAUGCGGCAUGGGCGCCCCUGGACCUGCCGUCCCUCGUGGCUGAGCACCUCCCGGGGCGGCGAGAGCACGUGUUUUGGAAGCUGGUGCUGGUUUUGCCCGAUGGAGAGGAGCAGUCCUCAGGGAGUCCUGGCAGAAUUCUAGCAAAUUGGUUAAAAGUCAAGUUCAUGGGAGAUGAUGGCUCAGUGGAUGACACAUACCGUGAUGGUGGAAUUCAGACCCUCACUCUCUUUCACACUCUCAGCAGCAAAGGGGAUCAGACAAUUUCUGUCAAUGUGUGCAUCAAGGUGGCCCACGGCGCUCUUAGCGACUGUGCCCUCGAUGCUGUGGAGACACAGAAGGAGCUCCUGGGAGCCAGUGGGCUCAUGUUGCUGCUUCCCCCCAAAGUCACGAGCGAGGACAUGGCGGAGGAGGACGUGUACUGGCUGUCGGCCUUGCUGCAGAUCAAGCAGCUCCUGCAGGCCAAGCCCUUCCAGCCUGCGCUUCCACUGGUGGUUCUUGUGCCCAGCCCAGGAGGGGAUGCUGUGGAGAAGGAAGUGGAAGAUGGUCUGAUGCUACAGGAUUUGGUUUCAGCUAAGCUGAUUUCAGAUUAUUCUGUUAUUGAGAUUCCUGAUUCCAUUAAUGAUUUACAAGGCACGACUAAGGUUUCACAGGCUGUGCAGUGGCUGGUCUCCCACUGCCCCUGUGCCCUUGACCUUUGCUGCCAGACCCUCAUUCAGUACGUGGAAGAUGGAGUUAGCCAGGAGUUUAGUGGCCGGUUUUUCCACGACAGAAGAGAGCGGAGGCUGGGCGGCUUGGCCUCGCAGGAGCCGAGCGCCGUCAUCGAGUUGUUCAACAGCGUGCUGAGCUUCCUGGCCUCCGUAGUGUCCUCCGAGCAGCUCUGCGACCUGUCCUGGCCUGUCACCGAGUUUGCCGAGGCAGGAGGCAGCCGGCUGCUUCCUCACCUUCACUGGAACGCCCCGGAGCACCUGGCCUGGCUGAGGCAGGCUGUCCUCGGCUUCCAGCUCCCGCAGAUGGACCUUCCGCCCCUGGGGGCUCCCUGGCUCCCUGUGUGCUCCAUGGUCGUCCAGUACGCCUCCCAGAUCCCCAGCUCUCGUCAGACGCAGCCUGUCUUGCAGUCCCAGGUGGAGAGCCUGCUCCACAACACGUACCGCAGGUGGAAGAGCAAGAGCCCCUCUCUGGGCCAGGGGGUGGGGCCCUCAGUUGCUGAGAUCCCGUGGGAUGAUGUCAUCGCCUUGUGCAUCAACCAUAAGCUGAGGGACUGGACACCCCCCAAGCUUCCAGUCACAUCAGAGGCACUGACUGAAGAUGGUCAGAUAUGUGUGUAUUUUUUUAAAAAUCACUUGAAAAAAUAUGACGUUCCUUUGUCGUGGGAACAAGCCAGAAUGCAGACACAGAAGGCGCUACAGUUGAGUCGGAACCGUUUGGGGAUAAGGUCUUUUCAUCCUUCUGCAAACAAGCUUCCCACUCCGUUACUUCACGUGCACCGCAAAGGGAAGAAAGGUGUGGAGCACGGCCGAGAAGGGAGGAUUCCCAGCACGGAGGAUCUGAUGCGCGGAGCCUCUGCCCAGGAGCUCCUGGCCCAGUGUCUGUCUAGCAGCCUGUUGCUGGAGAAAGAGGAGAACAAGAGGUUUGAAGAUCAGCUUCAGCAGUGGUUGUCAGAGGACUCGGGAGCAUUUACAGAUUCAACUUCCCUUCCCCUCUACCUUCCUCAGACUCUGGUGUCUCUGCCUCAGACUAUUGAAUCUGUGAUGAAAACAUCUACAACUGCUAGCCCUCAGAAUGAAAGGACAGGGGAGCAAGUGCAGUUGUCUGAGGCAACAGGCACAUCUCUGACCGAACAGCUGACGCACCUAGAAAGGCUGAUCCGGAGUUCAAGGGAAGAGGACGUUGCCUCUGAGCUCCAUCUCUCUGCACUACUGGAUAUGGUGGACAUUUGAGCUGCUGGACCUGAGAGAGGGUCCAGGAGAUUUUCUUUUACUCACAAUAAUGUUAUUCUCAGAUGCUUGAUGCAUGUUGGAAUGUGAUUAUUAAUCAUGCAAAUAAACCACUGGAAUACCUAAUGAGGUCUUCCUCAGUUUUCAGAAUGAAAGGCUUUUUUCUGCUGUGUAAUGUCUUUGAUACCCUUAUCUGUUUUCAUGAUCUCUUCUGACUGUCAUCCGCCAACACAUGCUCUUACAUUUCAGUGUGUAACAGUGGUCAUUCAUUGUCUUAGCAAAAGUUGCAGUUCCUGACAUGCCAAAACCAGUCUUGCAGGGAUGAAUAAGGUUCAGGGACCCUGCCCACCAAGCCUGCCCAGCUCACACCUCAGAGAGCCAACAGAUGUAAUGAGCCAGCUGUGUAUGUGUAUAGCUCUCUGAGGCAUGGGGCAUGUGCCUGGAUUGGAAGCAGGGGGAGACAAGGGGAUUGGGUGGAGGAGAGAGCAGAAUUCCUGGAGAGCAGUGCAGGAGUAUAAUCUGAGAGGAUGUGAUGAAAACCUGGAGGUGCCAGUUUGGUAGUUUUGCCAAGUGAGGGGAGAGGCCAGACCACAGAGACCCUUGCUGCUUUACUGUGAGUGCUAUGGGAAUCAGCUACUGAAGGACAUUAGGCAGAGAAGUGAUUUGGACACAUUUUGUUUUCUAAAAUUGCAUAUGGGGAACAUCAGCAAGACAAGCCAUGAAUCUUGAAAGGGGGGUGCUACAGCUGUCCAGGCGAAAGAAGGGUAUAAUCCUGAGUCUGCUAGCAUUUGGUGUGGAGAGAAGGGAUAAAUUUGAGCCAUAUGCAGAAAGAAGUAUUAAUAGACUUGGUAAUGCUGAGUAUGACCAUCAGUCUUAAGUUGGCACUCAGAAUCUCCCUACUAUAUCCCACAUCCUCUAGACUCUCGGAGAAAACAGUUUCACAUCUUCUCAUUCUCUUCAAAUCUGCAACAUUCCUAGAUGAUGACGUGCUUCUUAUUUCACUGAGAAAAAAGAAGCACUAGGAACAGAACUUCCUCAUCCUACCACCACCAAAUCUGCAAGCAAAACCCUGCAUCCCCCAGAACAAACACCAACCAACUUUUAGGGGUUUCUUCAGUGAUUAACUUCAUGUUUAUCAGUAAAGACUUAAGUAAUGCUAUUUUUUUUUAUAAAUUAUUUAUUUUAUUGGCUGUGUUGGGUCUUUUUUGCUGUGCGUGGGCUUUCUUUUUUUAGUUGCGGUGAGUGGGGGCUACUCUUCGUUGCAGUGCGCAGGCUCCCCAUUGCCGUGGCUUCUCUUGUUGCGGAGCAUGGGCUCUAGGCGCGUGGGCUUCAGUAGCUGCAGCACAUGGGCUCAAUAGUUGUGGUUCACGGGCUCUAAAGCGCAGGCUCAAUAGUUGUGGCGCAUGGGCUUAGUUGCUCCGCGGCAUGUGGGAUCUUCCUGGAGCAGGGAUCGAACCUGUGUCCCCUGCAUUGGCAGGUGGAUUCUCAACCAUUGCGCCACCUAGGAAGCCCAGUAAUGCUAUUUCCUAAUCUUGAGUUUAGACAUUAUCUGUUGAUUUCCUACAAUAGAAAAUGAGUUUGCUCUUACACUAUCCUCUCUUCAGUGUGUAUCACCCACACAUGCAUACUGUAUUUCCUCUCCCAUUAGUCUCCCAAAACAAUUUAAGAUAAUGUUAGCUGAAAUCUGCAUUCAGAGUUCAGUAUGACUGUAUUAACCCUGUUUGCUAUUUGAGUCCUGUACUGGUUUAUGAUUACAUUUCCUUUAGGUACAACUUUCAGUUGUACCUAGAGUCAAUUGUCUUGUUUUUUCAUUUAGUUGGUUUUCUGUGUUCUUAGCACUACUUCACCCAAACCUCUCCUUGCUAAGUAUAAAGCUCCUCCCAGCACUCAUGUGCAUCAGGUAAUAUGCUAGCUCCAUUUUCUUUUGGAAAUGACCCUCUGGGAAACCCCCAUCUUUGUGCCCCAUUGGACAUUGUCUGGAUUCUGAGUCGUGGAUCUUCCUCCUUGGUUUGCUUUCUCAUUUUGAUGGAGCUCAUCUUUUAAAGCCUUCUGAGCUUGCAUAUCUAAAAUGUCUUUAUUUCUACCCUUAGAUUAGAUUCAUCGUUUGAAUGGAAAUAGAAUUUUACAUUUGAAAUCAUUCCUGUUUUUGUUUGUUUUUUGUUGCUGGAAGUUUUUUAAGAUCAUCUCUAUCCCUGGUGGUCUCAAAUUUCUCGACAACAUGCUUGUAUUGGUUUCCCAAAUUCCUAUUCUCUGCCGAAUUUAUUGUGCUGGGCACACAGUAGUGCUUUUUUCCAGUAGUUAUUGCUAUGUAAAAAACCAUAGCUUAAGUUUGGGAAGCUAUCUCCUGGAUCCGCUAUCUCUUGGGAUCUGUCAUGCACUUGCAGUCAGGUAUUGGCUGGGACUGUGGUUAUUUGAAGUCUUGACUCGGCUGGAUGUCCAAGACAGCUCACUCACAUAGCAGGCAGGUGAUGUUGCACUGUUGGCUAGGGGCUCAGCUGGGGCUUUUGACCUAAGUAGCUAUAUGUGACCUCACCAUGUGGCCUGGCUUCCUCACAGCAAAGUGGCCUCAGAUAGGACUUCUCAGCGUGGCAUUUCAGGGCUCCAAGUGCAAGUGCCCCAGCGAGCAAAAUGUAAGCGCAGCUUUGGAAUCUGUUCAGGAUCACUUCCACUGCAUUGUAUUGGUUACAAGAUUCAAAGGAUGGGACAUAGGUCCUGUUUCUCAAUGAGGAUGAGUGGUAAGACCAUUUUGUAAAAGAGCAUGUGAGAUGGGAGAUUUUGCAGGCAUCUUUAGAAAAUAUUCUUUCAUGCUUUUUCAAUCCAGAAAAUUUUCCACAAUUCUGAGAAUGUUUGGAAAUUAUUUAAUACAAUCUUCCCCUUCGCUAUUUCCUUUUGGAACUCCUAAUAUCAGAUGUUCAACCACCACCUGUAUUAAUGCUCCAGUUUCUUUUCCAGUUUUUUAUAUCUUUAUCUUUUUAUCCUAUUAUCCUAAAAUGUCUGUAUCUCCCUGUUCUAGUGACUUUAAAACUGCUGCCAUAUUAUGAAUCACUAAAUUGUACACCUGUAACUUAUAUAUUAUACAUCAACUAUACUUCAAUAAAGAAAAGUUAA